UGAUCACAUGUAAACACGGAAAUGCCGGGUAUCGGCAUUUCUCUCCUCUCGAGCUGGCACUGAUGAUCAGUCUGCCCUGAUGAUCAGUGUGGCCCCAGAAGUGCCACCUGUCAGUGCUCAUCAGUGCCAGUGCCCAUCAGUGCCACAUCAAUGCCACAUAUCAGUGCAUACCAGUGCACAUCAAUGCCACAUAUCAGUGCCCAUCUGAGCUGCCUUUCAAUGUCACACAUCAGUGGCACCUAUCAAUGCCAAUCAGUGCCAGUUAGUGCCGCCUAUCAGUGCCAGUCAGUGCCACCUGUCAGUGCCAUAUAUCAGUGU